CCUUCCUGAGGUAGACAAUUCUUGGCAUUCGCACGUUUUCUUGUUUGUGUCUCGUUGGUCUCGUUCGUAUCGGGAAAGUCUACGGGGAAUCUGGCCAGGAAUGGCAUCAAGUGUUUGUGGCUUUGAGAUAGUGCACACUGUGGAGAAGGGGAAAAGUUUGAAAGCAACGACAAAGUUCAAAAAGGGAGAUGUUAUCCUUGAGGAAUCUCCUCUUCUGUCCUGUCAAUUUCCCUGGAAUGCCUUCUAUGGGUAUCUCUCUUGCCAUCAUUGUCUGAGGCCUCUGGAGACUGCUGAACAGUGUGCCAGACGUCUGGCCAAUGAUCCAUCAAUUUCACUUCCCUAUCCGGAGUACUGCAGUGUCCUGAGGAGAUUGGAUAAGCAGAGGAAAUGCGAUAAGUGUGGGGUUCUUUAUUGCAGUGAAGAAUGUCGUUUGGAAGCUCACCAGAAAUAUCAUGAGACUCUGUGUAGCCUCAAGAUCCCUCUCGAGGGACUUCUGGAAGUCUGGCGAAAUAUCCACUAUCCUCCAGAGUCCUGCAGCAUUAUGUUGAUUGCUAGGAUUUUUGCAAUGGUACGCCAGUCUACGAAUCCUCAGGAAUUCCUUGGGAUACUCAAGCAGUUCCAGUGUGAAGCUGUUUCUGAGAGUAUCUACCAUAAGAUCCUGGGAGAGAAAUUUGUGGAACAGCUCACUAAACUUCAUGAAUGCAUGAAGAGUGUCUUCGUGGAACCAAUUUACCAGGAACUUCUGCUUCCGGAGAACUUCAGGGCACUUUUUACACUGGUGGGACGCAAUGGUCAGGGAAUUGGGACGAGUUCCUUUGCAGCAUGGCAGAAGAAUCUCGAGGAAGUUGAGAUUGAGGAUAGAGCGAGCCUGGAGAAUGACAUUGCCACGCUGUAUGACAAGUUUGAGGAGUUUUCUGGGUCAUUCCUGGACGUUGAGGGAUCUGGGCUCUAUGUGGUCCAGAGCAAACUCAAUCACAGCUGUUUGCCGAAUGCUGAGAUUAAGUUUCCUCAUUCGAAUCACAGUCUUGUCAUCUCGGCCGUGAAGGACAUUGAUCCGGGAGAGGAAAUCUGCAUUUCUUACCUCAGUGAAUGUCUCCUGAAUCGCUCCCGGCACACACGGCACAAGUUCCUCAAGGAGAACUACUUAUUUGUGUGCCAGUGUGAAUUGUGCCAGAGCCAGGAGAAUGAUCCGGAUGUGACCAGUAGCGAGGAUGAGGAUGAAGAGGAGAUGUAUGAGGAACAGGGGGAUACAUCAAAAGCUUCCAGUGCAAUGGAGACAUUGGAUAUUAAUUGAAAAGAAGAAGAAAUUGAAUAAAAAUUAUUGAAGAAAAA